CCUCUCCGUCCAUCCAUCCACCUGUUCAUCCGUCCAUCUCUCCACUCCUCCACCUCCAGUCAGCUGCAGACUGUAAAGUUCACUGUAAAACGCUGCUGCAGCAGUCAGUAGUUCUAGAGAUCACAGACAGAUUUAUGGAGGAACAACCCCACAAUCCGCAGUAACAUGAGGUUUUUUCUGAAGGAACUGAAGCUCAGACCUUGAAAACAAAAGACAUCUGUUAAUAUUAUUAUCAUUAUUAUUAUUGUUGUUAUUAAAUGAACAGCUGUGUUCGACUGUGGAGCUGAAAACAUGAACAAACUGUUUUAGAAAAUAUUUUCAGUAAAAGGGUUAGGGUCAGUGGGGUUAAAGUAAAAAUAUAAAAACGAGAUUUUAGAGAUCAGAGAGAGAGAGAGAGAGAGAGAGAGAGAGAGAUGGGCUUCGCCGACCUGCUGGAAGAGGUGGGCGGGUUCGGCAGGUACCAGUGGCUCCAUGUGACUCUGAUCAGUUUACCUGGUUUGAUGAUGGCAAGUCAGAACCUGCUGAACAACUUCGUCUCAGGAAUUCCCGCCCACCACUGCAGCCUGCGGGCCAAUCAAAGCUUCUACAACCUGUCUCACCACCAGGUGCUGAAAGCUUUCAUCCCCCUGGACUCUUCAGGAAAUAGACUGGACCGCUGCAGGAGGUAUGUGGAGCCUCAGUGGCAGCUGUUAGCCACUAACAACUCAGCUAACAUUAGCCAGCUACACACUGAAGGAUGUGUGGACGGAUGGACGUUUGACCGCUCUGAGUUCCUCGCCACCACCGUCUCCGAGUGGGACCUGGUCUGUUCUCUGCGUCCUCUGAAACAGAUGAUUCAGACCAUCUAUAUGGGUGGAGUCUUAACAGGAGCUAUCAUCUAUGGCGGACUGUCAGACAGGUUUGGGAGGCGGUCUGUCCUUAUUUGGUCUUAUCUGCAGCUUGGCGUGCUCGGUUGUAGCUCCGCCCUCUCUCCCACAUACUCGGCCUACUGCAUUUUUAGGUUUCUGAGUGGGAUGGCGGUGUCCGGAGUGAUCCUCAAUGGAGUCUCACUGAAGGUGGAGUGGAUCCCGACAAAAGCCAGGACCUUAGUGGGCACGCUCACUUCCUUCUUCUUCACUUUUGGUCAGAUGAUCCUGGCGGGGCUUGCCUAUUGGCUGAGAGACUGGAGGAAGUUGCAGGUGGUCGUCUGUGCUCCUCAGUUCCUGUUCUUUGCCUACAGUUGGUGGUACUCAGAGUCAGCUCGUUGGUUGGUCCUGAACCGUCGCUCUGAGGACGCGUUGAAGAGUUUACACAGAGUUGCUCGAAUUAACGGGAAACCAGAGAUGAUCAACAAGUUAACGCUCGAGGUGCUGAACUCUCACAUGAAUAAGGAAAUUGAGUCAAGUCGUUCGUCGUUCACAGCGUACGACCUGCUGAAGACAAGAGGGAUGAGACGCAUCUCAAUCUGUCUGAUCGUUGUGUGGUUCUCCACCAGUUUUGCAUACUACGGUUUGGCAAUGGACCUGCAGAAGUUCGGGGUGAGUAUCUACCUGAUGCAGAUCAUCUUUGGAGCUGUAGAUUUUCCUGCCAAACUGUUGGCUCUGGGCAUGCUCACUUACCUCGGGAGGCGGGUCUCUCAAGCUACCUGUCUCUUCCUGUCGGCCUUCAUCAUCUUUGCCAACAUCUUUGUCCCCACAGACAUGCAGACCAUCAGGACCACUUUGGCGUGUCUUGGUAAAGGUUUCACCUCGGCAUCUUUCACCACAGUCUACCUGUACACUGGAGAGCUCUACCCCACCGUCAUCAGGCAGACAGGAAUGGGCUUUGUCUCCACCAUGGCGAGAGUCGGCAGCAUGGCGGCCCCUGCUGUCCUCAUCCUGGACGAGGUUCUCCCUGCUCUGCCCAGUAUUGUGUAUGGGGGAGCAGCAGUGUUGGCCGGAUGCUUUGCAUGCUUCCUGCCAGAGACACUGAACGUCCCACUGCCCGACACCAUCGAGGAUGUGGAGGAGAAAUGGUCUGCAACAAGCCCUGCCCCCCGACAGAAAGAGGGCGUGUCCUUACAGGAGGGUAUGGUCUCUGCCAAUGACAUCGGCAUGGUUUCACAGGGGGACAUCGCUUUAAAAGAGCUAAAGGAAACAGAAGGGACCGGCCUCAAUGCCCUCUGACCAAUCAGAUGCUGCCACAUCACACAGUCAGAGCCAAUAGAGUAAUGCAUGGGGACACUGACUCCCUGUAUCAUGUAACAGUCAGACAGCUUUAUGUUCUGAAUUAUUUACACUUUAUUACACUACAUUACCCAUAAGCCUCAGCUGCUGUAGCCAUGGAGAAGAGAUGUGAAUCAGGGCGCAACUUUGUUGUUACAGUUGAGAAUUAAACAUGUCACCAUGGUUACUGAAUUCAUCCACAGCUGAUCCGGAAUUUAAAAGUGAACUGAUUUAAAUUGUAGAUUGUUUUCAGUUUUGUCUCCAUGUCAUCUUUAGAUCUUUAGUCCUGUUGCAGCAAGAGGAAACUUCCUGGACAGACAUUUUGUUUUGAUUUUGCAUUAAUUAAUCAUUGAAAAUGAUCAUGGGAGAUGAUGGAUACAUUGUGGACAAUUUGAUUUUAUUUCAACAGUUUUGUUCGACAGAAUUCAGAGAUUCUUAAUUCUUAAUUCAGUUUUUGUGAGAAGCAACUGCAUCCUGAUCCUUCACAAUAUUUUUCAUACACAUUUUUAAUAUGUCCAAUAAAACCACAAGAUCCACCAUAGGGGCCACUGCAGUCAACCAAUGAACCAAUCGCAUAGCUGGACACAACCACGACCAAUCAGACAGCUGGAGUCAUGAAUUUGUGAAAAGAUGUUGAAACUGAAGGAGGAGGGUUCAGAGUAAAAGUUCCUAUGUGUUCCAGAGUAAUACUGAAACAUUUAAUAUAUUGUAAGUCAGUCUAAACAAAUUAAGUCAGAUGUUAUUAUUUAGCUUAUUAUUAGAUAUUAUUAUUAUUGAUUAAAAUCAAAGCAGGCACAGCAGACUAAAGUGUUAUAAUGACUGAGACGUGUUAAACAGUUUUGUCAUUAAUAAUGAUAUAUAAAUAAUCAAUAAUGGACUCACUAAUAAAACUGUGAUUAUAUCAAUCA